AUGGUAAGAUGAAGAACCGGAGUUGUGCUGAAUGACGGGAAGAGCACAUAUACUCGUAACUCAAAUACAUUGGCCUCUAGUGGCCUUUGUACUCGAUAAGAUAGAGAAUUAGCCGGUCGGUCAUUGAGCCGUCGACGUAUAAGAAGGGUGUUCAAGCGCAACAACACCAGUACCGCUACUACCGAAGCUUAUCAAUGCAGAGUAUCAAACUCAUCCUCAUCACUGCAAUUUUCUCGCUCGCCUCUGGCUCUCUCCUUGUCGCUCGUCAGACCACAGACACUUGCGAUGCCUCUAAUGCCUGCAUAUCAUCCUCCGGCUGCACUGGAAGAUGUGCACCUGUCUCGUCCGGUGGAGGACCUGCUGUAUGCCAGGAUGUAUGUGUGAUAAAUGGUGAAGCUGUGAGCAUAUUUUGUCCGGCAUGUUAUGCUGGAGAUGCAGAGAGUACGGGGGCGGCAUGUGCUAUUGAUGCUAGUGCGAAUUGUGUGCUCAGUGUGUAAUUUAGCACAGGACUAAGGAGCAUGUAGGAGACGUUGUCUAGUGCAAGUGGGGAAGGAUAUUCAAUACCCUAGAUAGCAAACUUGAAAGACAUAUGUUUGUUUUGUGAAAAAAAAACGGAAGAUCUCCAAUCUGAUUGGCUGUUAUUAAGGGUUCUUGCUCAUUCUCAAUAGAUCACUA